GUACCACCCCGGUCUCCUGGGGACACAUUGCGGCUAUGGUGUCCACCAGCGUCCCGGUGGUUAAGCCCCUUCGUAGCUCAGUCUCCGACUAUGGCAACUAUGAUAUUAUCGUGCGACAUUAUAACUACACAGGCAAGUUGAACAUCGGGGCAGAGAAGGACCAUGGCAUUAAGCUCACUUCAGUGGUCUUCAUUCUCAUUUGCUGCUUCAUCAUCCUAGAGAAUAUAUUUGUCUUGCUAACUAUUUGGAAAACCAAGAAGUUCCAUCGGCCCAUGUACUAUUUCAUCGGCAAUCUGGCUCUCUCGGACCUGUUCGCAGGAGUGGCUUACAUAGUUAACCUGCUGUUGUCUGGGGCCACCACCUACAAACUCACCCCCGCCCAGUGGUUUGUGCGGGAAGGGAGUAUGUUUGUGGCUCUGGCUGCCUCGGUGUUCAGCCUCCUUGCCAUUGCCAUUGAGCGCUACAUCACCAUGCUGAAGAUGAAACUACACAAUGGGAGCAACAGCUCACGUUCCUUCCUGCUGAUCAGCGCCUGCUGGGUCAUCUCCCUCAUCCUGGGUGGCCUGCCCAUCAUGGGCUGGAACUGCAUCGGCUCGCUGUCCAGCUGCUCCACCGUGCUCCCACUCUACCACAAGCACUAUAUUCUCUUCUGCACCACCAUCUUCACUCUGCUCCUGCUGUCCAUCGUCAUCCUCUACUGCAGGAUCUACUCCUUGGUCAGGACUCGAAGCCGCCGCCUGACCUUCCGAAAGAACAUUUCCAAGGCCAGCCGCAGUUCGGAGAAGUCGUUGGCCUUACUGAAGACUGUCAUCAUUGUCCUGAGUGUCUUCAUUGCCUGCUGGGCCCCUCUCUUCAUCCUACUGUUGCUGGAUGUGGGCUGCAAGGCGAAGACCUGCAGCAUCCUGUACAAAGCAGAGUACUUCCUGGUUCUGGCUGUGCUGAACUCAGGUACCAACCCCAUCAUUUACACGCUGACCAACAAGGAGAUGCGCAGGGCCUUCAUCCGGAUCAUAUCCUGUUGCAAAUGCCCCAACGGAGACUCCACUGGCAAAUUCAAACGGCCCAUCAUCCCAGGAAUGGAAUUUAGCCGCAGCAAAUCAGACAACUCCUCCCACCCUCAGAAGGAUGAUGGGGACAACCCAGAGACCAUUAUGUCCUCUGGAAAUAUCAACUCUUCCUCCUAAAACUGGAAGCUGUUGAUACUGGGGAAGCAUUCUGACUUGGUCACCCACUACCCCAGAACUUAAAAAAUGGCUCCCGUUCCCCUUGCUGCCUAGAAGGAGCUCCCGGGAGCCUGAAAGCGGGAGGGAAGGGAGAGUGUGUGGCCUGGCGAUGCCAUGAUGUAGGUAGGUAGUUCUUGUGAACAAUACACUGGGAAGGGUGGAGAUUAGGUCUGGCCUCCAGUGGGUUUCCUGCCCUCCCCCAUACCCUGGAGCUUUGAUUUUGCACUGAGCCAAAGGUCUAGCAUUGUCAAGCUCCUGAAGGGAUCAUCUGACCCCUUCUCAAAGACUAAGGUCCUAUGAGAAAGUGUCCCUGGAGUUUUGCGAUGUGAUCUUUCACUGUAAAGGCAAAGUGAGUAUGUGUCCUUCAGCUUGGUAGGGUGGUAUGCAUGUCCCACUCUCCCGCCCCUUCUUACCUCCCCUCCCCUUCCCACCUCCUCUCCAUAUUCUCUAAUUUUAUAUCUUAACUGUCUGUUCGUCAGAAGGAGGUUAUACGGGGCUCUAUUUCUUGAUUGUCUGAAACUGACAGGCUGUUAACUCGGAAGGCUAUUUGCUGAGGCCAAAGUGUCCAUGUACGAUGCGUCAAGUUGUUGGUGAUUUGCUAGGCUGUCUUUAGUAUGAAAAUGUUUUCUUUAUUCCUCACAGGAAUGCCUUAUUCCCAUUACAAUCACAAUGGAUAUGUGUUUGUAAUGGAAAUAACGAAGUCUACUUUAUCUGAAUUAUACCAGCCAUGAUCUUAGGUGUGUUCUCUAUUCCUCAUGCAUUCCUUAUUCCCAUUACAACUACAAUGGACAUGUGUUUGUAAUGGGAAUAAUGAAGUCUACUUUAUUUGAAUUAUGUCAGGUAGGAUUGUAGAAGAAACAGGAGAAAAACAGAAUACGGUGAACUGCGGGAUUAACUUUCAGAAACCAAGAGUGACUUCUUGAUGUCUUUCCUCUAACAAACACAAUGUUUUUGGCACUUUUAUUGAUUAUUUCAGAGUGUUGUGUGAUCCAUUUCAAACAACUGGGGGAUGGUUGUAUCUUGUUUAAAAUACAAUUUAUGAUUUUUGAAUGUAUUUGCUUCUUUGAGGCCAUCUUAUUGAGAGUUUUUUCCUAACCUGUGUUAACACCAUUGAAUGUGUAGUCCUUAAAAAAGUGUCACCCUUUUGUACCCGAAAAGCAUUACUUUAACUGACAGGGGGCAUCAGGAAUUCUUCAUUUCGGCUGUCAUUAGAUAUUGAUGGAGGGUGUAAAUGUUACAGAGAAUAAAAAUAUAUUACUGUCUCUUUAGUAUGGUUUUCAGUGCAAUUAAACAAAGAAAUGUCUUUUUAAAAAUAGUAUUUAAUAGGUUUCUGACUUUUGUGGAUCAUUUUGCACAUAGCUUUAUCAACUUUUAAACAUUAAUAAACUGAUUUUUUUAAAGA